GAAUGUUAAAGGAAUUUAAUUUGUAUAUUGUCAGUGUAAAGAUUAAGUUGUCAAAUGUCAACUGAUUAGAAAUUAACUUAGAUAUGACUUUUACAUUAAUUAUUUCAGAAGUGAAAAGUGAACAUUUUUCAAGCACAUUUACAUUGCCAAUGCUUUUUAAAAAUUAGAUGUUAAUUAUCCAAUCUUCAACAUUUAUCUUUCAUUUACAUUCUCAGGAUAGACUUACACACACCGAAAAUCCUGUUUCACAAAGUCCUCUCUCUAGAGAAAGAGAUAGAAGCACUGUAAAUCAAACUGAUUCGAAAGAGAUAUCCUUAAUGGAUGACAUGGUUGAUCAACAUCUUGAUUUUAGUAUUUUGUGCAAACAAAUGGGUUCCGAAGGAAACAAAGUUGCACCAUUGUAUCAAAGAGUGCUGACAGCUCUGAUCAUUGAUGAUCAAAUUGAUGAAGACAUUGUUGGAGAUGGACAUAUGACUUUUCUGUGUGAAAGGGAUGGUUCUUCUCAGCUGCCUUGCUUCUUUCAGGGUGUUGAGAACCAAUCCAACAUCAAGAUGGAAUAUGUAUUCAACUCUGGCAAGGUUUCUUGUAAUGGGAAUGCUAUGCAUACUAGUUGUGCAAACAUCCCUAUAAAAGAACCUGGCGUUUCUUUGCAGAUUGAUCAGGGAUCAUUGUGUCCAGAAAUCGAAAGGCUGGCCAUAUUAUCUGAAGAUGGCAAUGAUGGGUCUUUGGGUAUGCACAUAAAUUCAUGCUCAUCAUCUUUCAGUUGCCAUUUUGAGCAAAUGAGCAUGGAGGAUAAACUCUUACUGGAGCUACAGAGUGUUGGCCUAUAUCCAGAACAAGUGCCUGAUCUUGCUGAUGGAGAUUGUGAAGCUAUUAAUCAAGAUAUUAUGCAAUUACAGAAGGGACUCUUCCAACAGGUCAAUAAAAAGAGAGAAUGCUUUAUGAAACUUAUUCAAGCAGUAGAACGAGGCAGAGAAAUGGAACAACGAGCCCUUGAGCAAGUUGCCAUGGACAAACUUGUCGAGCUGGCUUUUAAGAAAAAACUGGCAACCCGUGGAACUAGUGCUGCGAGAUACGGACUUUCUAAGGUCUCAAGGCCAGUUGCUCUGGCUUUUAUGAAGAGGACUCUUGCUAGAUGCCACAAAUUUGAGGAAACAGGGAGAAGUUGUUUUUUGGACCCUGUUUUUAAAGACGCCCUAGUUGCUGCUCCUUCUCAUGACAACAAUACUGGUCCAGCUAAUGCUGCAAACCUAUCACUUGGUCAAAAUUCUCAGCAAGAAUUCGCACCUUCAGGCUAUUUCCCUCGCAAGGAGCAGGAUGUGUCUGGAAAUCUAGACCAGCCCUCCGACCAGGACUUUGCUAGGACAGGACCAAUUGUAAACAGAGGGAAGAAAAAGGAACUACUGCUUGAUGAUGUUGGUGCUAGUCCUUCUCUAAGAUCUGCAUCAACUCCUGGUGGUGCAAAGGGAAAGAGGAGUGAGCGAGACAGGGACAAAGACUCUUCUGGAAAAAUUUCUGUAUCAAAAGGUGGUCGUUCUUCUACAAGUCAUACGAGGGGUGAGCGAAAAACGAAAGCAAAGUCUAAACCAAAGACAGCUCAAAUAUCUAGUUCUGGAAAUGGUACUCUUAGCAAGUUAAUGGAAAAUAAUAACUCUGAGCAUCAAUUAGCUUGUGGUUCUAAUGAACUUAUUUCCAGUCAUGGCAACAGAAAAAGUAAAACUGGGUCUGUACCUCACAAUGUGUCCACUGGAACUGAGGAACGCACGGACAUCACAAACCUGCAUGAAUUAGACUCCAUAGAACUAGGUGUAGGUAAUGAACUUACUGGACCUCAAGACCUGGAUUCUUGGCUGCUGAGCAUUGAUGACGAUUUGCAAGAUAAUGACGCUAUUGGCCUAGAGAUACCAAUGGAUGAUCUGUCUGAUUUGAACAUGAUUUUAUGAAGACGAAUGCAAGAUACUAUACAUUCCCAAUCCCAUGCAGUAUUUGGUAUUUAUGAACAAGGGUGCUGUUCGGUGGAAAGGUGCUCAUACAAUUCGUGCCUCUUAUGACGGGAACUUGUAAUUAUGCCCAUUCUUUUGUAUACUUAUUAUCUACAAAAUACAAACAUAGAAACCCAAAGAAAGGGUUAAAGAAAAAGAAAGAUCUAGUCAAUUGUUCAUAUGAUCUAGAGUUCUUUAGGUUGUAACUACUACAUUCUUCAACAAAAUUUUGGUCAUCCCUCUGUGCA